AUGAAUUUCCAUAGAGAGAACUGUCAAAAGCCUAAGCCCUCCACUUCACACAAGAUAAUUGGUCACCGCGUCUCUGCCGAGUUCGAUCUUGCAGCUAAAACAAUGCCCAUGACCAUAUACACAAAUGCCGAUCUCAGCAGUAAGCCUGGAGAAGCAUAA